AUGGCACGCCUGUCUUCCCCACCCCGAUCGCCAUCGAGCAAAGAGCCUCGGGCUCGAAAAGUAGGCCCAGAUGGCAGAGUUGGGAAGGCUCAUCAGAAAGACAGGUUGAAAGUCUUCUCCAUUGAAUCGGGUGCCGCACCUGCGUCUGGUGGUGUUUCAUCGUCUUUGUCUUCUUCUGAUGCAGCCCGCAUGGAAGUACAGAACAAGUCAUUCCGCUUCCUAGACCUUCCCGGAGAAAUCCGGAACCAGAUCUAUGAGUUGUGUCUGACAAACACUGAGCAGGCGCUUAUUGCGCAUCUUCCCCGCCUUAGGACUCUCCGCCCUCGCCGGAGCGAAUCAACUGGUCCGCGGGUCGACCGUCGCCGUUGCAAAGGCUUGACGCAAGUGUGCAGUGCAAUCCGCAAUGAGUUUCGCCCGAUGUACAUGCUCGGCCAAGAAGUCGGUCUUGACUUCACCGACUUAGCCAAAUACAUCGAAGCGUUCUAUCCGAAGGGUAUCGCUCUGGACGCCCAAGUUGGCAACAUUACUAUCGCCAUAUCCUCAAAGAUCACGGCUGCAGAGAAGGAUCCUAACGGAAUCGAUGUUUUCCCGAUGCUAGAUAUCUGGGCCAACUCCUAUCGUAUCGAGGCCGGCUUUGGUCGAUACUUCACGCCCCAUUACGAUGCUCGACUCGACGGUGAGGCUAAGGAUCUCUAUCGGCUCUUCGGACGCAAGGUUCUUCCCGAUCGAAGCUGCUCAGCCAUGAACCGGGACUGGCGUCACGUCUUGCGACGUCGUAUGCUCGCAUCAGUCCGCGUGCAUCGAGCACCUACUAACGGCGACCGACCCUUCCUUCAGAUCUUGUACAAGGCUGAAUGCCGGGAAUCUUGCUUGAAGUCUUCCAGGUCAUAUAUCGAUAUGAGCACAUUGGACAGCCAGGGUAUGAUCAUUCCCAGCUGGUUGGAGCGUUUCGGCUUCGACGAUAUGGAGUGGUUCGAGGUAAAAGUCGGCGCGCUUCCACUCCCUCCAUUGCCGAAGGGUCCUGUCCCCCCUCAGCCUCUCUUGCUCACCGAUCACCCCUAG